UAUGAGCCUCUCUUCAAUAUUAUCUCACGAAUUCCAAGCACUCACCAACGCCGUCAUGUCGAAGCCAAAAGAAACCGGCGAAUCCUCAGCCGUCAGAUGCCCAGCCAAGGCCGAGACGUUGAUUGCCCAAAACUCUCGUGCAUUGUACUACUACAAAGGAACGGAGGCAUUAUAUGCCUGCAACGACAUCUACUCUACGGGUUACUACUGGCAGCUUAUCGAUGCUACCGAGAACAGCAUUCAACAGGUCAAGCUGACCAAGAAAUACACCCAAGCCAUCGGAACACGCGACAUGAAAGGCAAGGAGGGAGAGUUACACUUUGAUGUCAGUGCAGGCUAUGAAGGCUUCGGCUUCAACGUCAGCGCAAGCUUUGGGGGAAGCUUCAAAACUUUCAGCGAGCAAGAGCUCUCCUCCAACAGGGCAGAGGAGUCCACUUACGAGAUUCCCGGUGGUCUUACCGUAUGGAUCUAUCAGAAGAUCUAUACGUUCAAGACUCGAACCUGGUUCCUCUACGACCACGGCGCCACCUACAAGGCCGUUGUAAAGAACGAAAAGGACGACAAACACCCCUAUUACGCGCCCGAAGGUGCGUUCGAGUCGAAGUCGGUUGAAACACGGAUCACCUCGGCCAAGUUGGAGGGAAUCCACCCAAUCGAGAUUAAGGCUGUGGAGACGGAUCUGAACGCUGCGAAAAAGAUCGCUGAGCUUGACACCAUACGUCUUGAAGAAACUUCUGGCAGUUGCAAGGAACAAUUGGCAAAGUAUAAGUUACAGGUUGACAAGACCUUGGCAUAGGUUGUCGAGUUCAAUGAGAC